AUGAUGGUAGGCUUACAAAUUAUGUUAUAAUAAACAAAUAUUUUAGUUUAGGGCCACCUUCAGAUGUGGCAGAGCAUUCAAAGAAGGGGAAGGAAGGAGAGAGGAGGUAAGGGUGAUAAAUUUGGGUAUGGUAACGUAGGGCAUGCGUGGUAGAGUUUUUCAAAAGUAGGGGUGAGAAACGGGCCGUCUAGGCCCGGCCCGGCCCUACGAUCGGUCCGGGCCGGCCUUGAGCUAAAAUUGAAACGGGCCGGGCUUGAAAAUUGGGCCCACGCCCGAAAAAAAAAAUUUUUUAAUUUUUAAAAAUUUUUUAUUUCAAUCCCCGUUGAUGUUUUUUGAUUUUAUUGGGUACCAUGAUACAUAAAUGAUCUAAAAGAACAAUGCAAAGCCAAAUUUCCGUUUAUUUUUUAAGUUUUAAAAUUUUUAAAAUUUUUUAAAACGGGCCGGGCCAGGCCAUAGAAAGUUUCUGACCGGGCCGGCCUGAGAGAAAAUUGAAAACGAGCCGGGCCUAAACGUUGGGCCCCGGGCCUGGGCCGGGCCUAAAAAGUGGGUUCAAAAGGGACGGCGGGGGGGAUGAUAAAUUUUGGUAUUUUAAGGUAUGCGUAGAUCCUUUCAGGGUAGUAGAGCCUUUCAGAGAGAGAGAGGGAAUCUUGGGUGUGUAUAUGUGUAAAUUAUGUAUCUAACACAACAUAUAACCCUUGAUGUAUAUACUUUUCAUUCGUAGUUCAGACGAAAACCUUGAAUUCUUGCCCACGAAAAAAGCUCUCAUAAUUUUGUAUGUUCCCUCUUUUUGUCUGAUUGCCGUCGGCAUUAGAGAAAAACUAGAGAACGCGCAAAAUUAUGAGAGAUUUUUCGUGGACAAAAAUUCAAGGUUUUCGUCUGCACUACGAAUGAAAAGUAUAUACAUCAAGGGUUAUAUACUUGUACUGUUAAAAAAGACGUAAAAAACCAUUUUCCCUCAUUUUCAUCCUGUUUAUGACAGUAUAUAUACGUUUUUCUUAACUUUUAUCUAGUCUCAAUGCACUUUUUAAAAAAAUAUACUUAUUAGAAAUACUUUAUAGCUCAAUAUACGAUUAUGUGUUUGAACAACUUUACAUUACUUUUGCUAUUUUUGAUUUUUGUUGUACUAUUUUUGUCAUUUUUUUGCGUUUUUUGACGAAUUUUUAGUUGUUCGACCGAAAACAGUUGGGUUUUCGUUACAAAAAAUAUGGUAAAAUACGACUUCCACCGCUGUAGUACGAAAGAGUGGCUUAUAAAACCUUAUUUUUUACAUUUUUAUUUUAAAACCCUGAGGAUAAGCAGCUUUAAACGCUGUUUAGGUUAGGUUAUCCCUUCAAAACAUAUUUUUGAACCCGAAAAUUAUUUAAAAACACUUUUUAACACUCUAACUUUAUAUUUAAAAAAUUUAAAACACGUUUUUCAUUGAAACAGUUUAAAUUCCACAAUAUUGUAGCCGCUAGUUUGUAGACUUAUCACUUUCUUUAUCAAUAAACGUUUAUUUUUCCGUUUUUCUGAUAAAAAACGAAGCAAAGGUCAGUCACAAACAUUGCUGCCGAGAGAUCAACGUGUCUGAGGUCAGGUGAGUGUGUGGGGGACGACAAUAACCAUGUUUUAUUACUCUUGACAUGAGGGGACUUCAAGAGGGAACAAAAAGGCCAAAGGGCAUAUUAUACUUGAUCAAACUUUGAAAAAUGAAGUAAAAUGGCUUUGAAAUGAAGGGAUUUGGAUGGGGAAAUAAUAAAUAUGGGUUUGUAAAACUAUUUUUUGAGUUUUUCUAUCAUUAAAAAUGGCAUGCCAUGGCAGUUCAAAUAUUUUCUUCAGUAUAAAAAACUCCGCAGCCCGCAAACCCUAGGCCGCGAACCCGUAAAAACAACUUAUUUUUGGCCGAGAAUUGUGUUGUUUUUGAGCAAAAAUACGGCCGAAACAGCAUUUAUUUUGGACAAAACAACACUCCCGGCCGGCAAGUCAACAAACUAACUAAAAACUUACUAGUUAAACACUAAUUUUGUCAGAUUUCAGUAAGUUCUUUGUUUUUACAUCGUUUUUCAUGUUUAGAUUUACCCAACUAAUAUAAAUGGAAUUUUCUCAUGGGAAAGACAUAGCAAAUGUGUAUAGAUAGCAUCGGGAGAGAAAACGGAUUAAAAUUUUGCUAUUUCAAUGGCUUCAAGUUGUUUUUACGGCUUACGGAAAAGCUAAUGGUUUAGGUUUUGGGGAGGGUUUGUUGUCAUAGACAAUAUGAGAGGGAAAAAGAGUCAAAAACUGAAGGAAAUGGGUUUAGGAGUUUCAAAAAGAUUGAAGAACGUUUUAAAUUAUGUGUGUAGGAAUUUCAAAGUGGUUUUUUGGGAGGAAGCGUAAGAUUACAUCAAGGUUAUGGAUAAUACCGGAAAUUGGUCAAUAAUUUUGUUUUUCGUUUUAUAGAGAUGUAUUUUGAUUAGAAAAGUUAUAAUAGAUUAAUAAUAAGCUAAAAGAUGCAAUUUCAUUACAUUCAAAGUUUUAAAAAGUGCAAAAAAAAGCAAAUGUUAUCUUAAAGUAGAUCAAGUUUAAGCUCAUAUGCUGUUUGUUUACAGUUCAAACCCGGGGAAGCCCUUUUCAAUCCCCAUGAAGUCUUCUCAUCUCUGUUAAAAAACCCCUCAAGCGUUUUUUCCUGUUUUCAGCAUGAAUAACGGAUUGAACCAACUGUUUCGGUCGAACAAAAAUUCGCUCCUUCGAAUUUCUGCUGUCUAUUUCAGUGAAAGUUCGAAAAUGGCGUCGAAAAAGGUGUUGCACUACGACAACAUCAAUCCCAAUGUAAAGAGCAUGGAAUAUGCUGUGCGUGGACCUAUCGUCAUCAGGGCCGUGGAGCUGGAAAAAGAAUUGGCACAGGUGGGCAUGGGUAAUAUGAAAUCAAAUUUGUGCGAAUAGAUGAUUUUUUAGAAAAUUGAGUUAAAAAUAUUGAAAAGAAUGUAAUAAUGCAUGUUUUGGUUGGUUUCUAGAAAUUUUGGUUGGCAUUCGGUUAGGUUAUAUCGAUUUUACGGUAACUCUAUCUGUUUUUAGGGUAAACCACAUCCUUUUUCAAAUGUGAUCAAAGCCAACAUUGGAGAUGCACAUGCGAUGGGCCAAGUUCCAAUCACUUUUAUCAGACAAGUCUUAGCUUGUGUGGCAUACCCAAAACUUCUGGAGUCAUCUGAUAUUCCGUCGGAUGUAAAAAAGCACGCUCAAGAUAUUCUUAAUGGCUGUGGCGGUAAAAGCGCUGGAGCGUACAGUCAGUCGACUGGAGUUGAAAUCAUCAGACAACAUGUAGCUGAAUUCAUCACUGCCAGAGAUGGUGGAAUUCCAACGGAUUCUGAGAACGUCAUUUUGUCUGGAGGAGCUUCGGAGUCGAUUAGGGUAAGGGUUUUGAGGUUAUUUUUUAUUUUUUAGGUAAUAAGACGAGAAAUUUUGAUGGUUUUGGGUUGAAGUGAAGAUUUUUGUAUUAUGGGGGAAUAAAGUUGAGAUUUUGAAUAUUUUUAGGUAAUAAAACAAGGUUUUUUUUUAUUUUAGGUAACAAAAUAUAGUUUUUUAAAGAUUUUAUGCUAUAAGGUAGAUUUUUUUAAAUUUUAGGUAAUAAAACGACCGGAGCUUAAAAAUAUGAAAAGCAAACCUUUAAUUGUUACCUAAUUUCGUUCAUAUUUUUUAGAAUUUGUUGAAGUUGUUCAUCAGAAGAGACAAAAACAAGAAGGCUGGCAUCAUGAUCCCAAUUCCCCAAUAUCCUUUAUAUUCAGCUUCAAUUGAAGAGUUUCAUCUUGGGCAGGUAAGAUUUAACAAAACAUAACUAACAUAUUAUCCUGGAACUGAUAAUUUUUCUAAAGGCUACCUGUUUAUCAAGACACACCCUAAAUAACCAGCUCUUCAUCAAAAUACACCUAAAAUACUACAUAUACCAACCCCAUUUUAGAUUGGCUACUUCCUGGACGAAGACAAUGGCUGGGGAUUGAGCAUUGAAGAACUGGACAGAUCUCUCAAAGAAGCCGAAAACGAGUUUGAUGUCAAGGCUUUGGUUGUUAUCAACCCAGGCAACCCGACCGGCCAAGUUUUGUCAAAGGAGAACAUUCAAGAAAUUCUCAAGUUUGCCUACGACAAGAAGCUGUUCGUCUUUGCUGAUGAAGUAUAUCAAGAGAAUGUGUACAAGGAGGGACAGAAGUUCCAUUCCUUCAAGAAAACUUUGGUUGAACUGGGCGAACCUUAUGCUUCGGGGUAAGGAGGGAGAGGGUAGUUGAUUUUAAUAUUGCAAUUCUUUUUUUAGAGUUGAACUAGCAUCCUUUUACUCGGUCUCCAAAGGCUACAUGGGCGAGUGUGGAAUGCGUGGAGGCUACGUGGAGUUCCUGAAUCUGGACAAAGAAGUCUACGUUCAGUUCAAGAAGAUGAUCAGUGCCAAGCUGUGCUCAUCAGUACUGGGACAAGCUGUGAUUGAUACGGUUGUUAACCCACCAAAACCUGGCGAUGAGAGCUAUGAUUUGUGGCUUAAGGUAGGGGUUUUACUAUAAUGGGUUUCAGGUUUUUAAUUUUUUUUGAAAUUUUAGGUUUUGAGGGCAUUUUUUGAAAUUUGGAACUUUUAAAAAAUUUUUAAAAAUAAUUAAAAAAUGACCUUUACAGGAAAAAACCGACGUCCUGAACUCACUGAAAGAGCGUGCCAAGAUGGUAUCCGAAGCCUACAACGCCAUCGAAGGAGUCAAGUGUAACGAAGUGACCGGCGCCAUGUAUGCUUUCCCAAGAAUCGAACUACCCCAAAAAGCAAUCGACACUGCCCAUUCGGUUGGGGUAGCACCAGACUUUUUCUACUGUAAACAGCUUCUGGAGAACACCGGCAUCUGCGUGGUACCAGGAUCAGGCUUCGGCCAAAGAGAUGGGACAUAUCACUUCAGAACCACUAUCCUACCACAACCAGCACUGACCAAGGAAAUGCUGGAACGAUUCGCAACGUUUCACAAGAAGUUCAUCGAGCAGUACAAAUAA